AUGGAAAGUCCACCAAAGCAGACGCUUGCCCACUUUCUGGAAAACAGAAACUUCCCAGCGGGGAAGAAGGCGCAAAAGAAGAGAAAAACCGCAGUGCAGGAAGAGCCCCAGAAGGAAAGUCUUAUUAUUGUGGACGGACAGGUCGUUAUAAGCGGGGGCACGCCAGCAAAGACUCCUGUCAUAGAAGACCGCAUGAGUGCGUUUUCCUACGGGAGAAGGCCCAGCGCCGGAAGAAGCAGAUGGUCGAAGGAGGAGACGAUUGUCUUCUACAAGGCUCUCUCUCUCUGCGGGACAGAUUUUACUUUGCUUGAAAAAGUGUUCACGGACAAAACGAGAAAGCAGAUAAAAAACAAGUUUUCAAACGAGGAGAAGCAGCAGCCGGAGAGAAUAAGCCAGGUCCUGUCAGACCCAAAAAAGUUCAAGCGGGAAGACUUGGAGGCUCUUCGGCGGGAGUAUACGGAGGUGCACCAGGCAUAG